AAACGGCGGUGCACCGGAAGUUCCGGUUUUGAGUCCGGGCUUUUGGUCCGUUACAGGGAAUUGUAGUGAGAAUGAAACCGGCGGUGGAUGAGAUGUUUCCGGAAGGUGCUGGGCCAUAUGUAGACCUGGAUGAGGCAGGGGGAAGUUCGGGACUUCUGAUGGACCUUGCAGCUAAUGAAAAAGCAGUUCAUGCAGAUUUCUUUAAUGAUUUUGAAGACCUCUUUGAUGACGAUGAUAUUCAGUGAUUCAUUCUCCUUGCUUCAUCCAUACUUCAAGCAUAGAAGAGGAAAGAAAAUGGGCAACAACUUAGCACAUUUACAUACAUCAAAAUAUCAUCAAAAUCCUACCAGUGAAUUUCAUUUUUUGUGUUAAAAAUGUAAAUUCAUUUUAUUAAGUUAACAACAUUCUGCGUAUUUCUGUAAAAUAAACUUGAAACUUCU